AUGGAAAAGAGCAAGGUGCUUAUAGUUGGGGGAACAGGGUACUUGGGAAAAAGGUUGGUAAAGGCGAGUUUAGCUGAAGGACACGAAACAUUCAUUCUUCAGAGGGCAGAGAUUGGGGUUGACAUUGAGAAAGUUCAGCUUCUCUUGUCAUUCAAGCAACAAGGAGCUCAUCUCGUGAAAGGUUCCUUGGAUGACCAUCAGAGUCUUGUGAACGCUGUAAAACUAGUUGAUGUUGUGAUUUGUGCCAUAUCUGGUGUUCACAUACGCAGCCACCAAAUCCUCCUACAACUUAAACUUGUUGAUGCAAUCAAAGAAGCUGGAAAUAUCAAGAGAUUUUUCCCCUCAGAGUUUGGUACAGAUCCAGCAAGAAUGGCACAUGCAUUGGAGCCUGGAAGAGUAACAUUUGAUGACAAAAUGGUAGUGAGGAAAGCCAUUCAAGAGGCUAAUAUACCAUUCACCUAUAUUUCUGCUAAUUGCUUUGCUGGUUACUUUCUUGGUGGGCUGUGUCAACCUGGCUUUAUAAUCCCCUCUAGGGAUUCUGUGGUCUUGUUUGGAGAUGGAAACGUAAAGGGGAUCUAUGUGGAGGAAGAUGAUAUAGCCAUGUAUACUAUCAAAACCAUAGAUGACCCCAGAACUCUAAACAAGACAGUUUACAUAAGGCCACCUGAAAACAUAUUAUCACAGAGAGAGGUUGUUCAUAUUUGGGAGAAACUGAUUGGUAAAGAGUUGCAAAAAUCUUCAAUUUCGGCUGAACAGUUUCUAAGCUCCUUGGAAGGACAACCGUAUGCGGAGCAAGUGGGAAUGAUACAUUACUACCAUGUUUGCUUUGAAGGCUGCCUCGCAAAUUUUGAGAUUGGAGAAGAACAGCUUGAAGCUUGUCAACUGUAUCCUCAAAUCAAGUACACUACCGUUGGCGAGUACAUGAAACGCUAUGUUUAAAAGUUUUUUAUUUGUUUACCUUAUGUAUCUCUUUAGAUCACAGAUUGGGUUGAACUUAAUAAAAACUGCGUGAUGUGUAAUUGUAAACG